UCAAUCCUCUCACCACUACCGCCUGUGCUCUCCUUUCUGUUUAGUCUCUCUCAACAUCUGCUUCCUUCCUUCACACCACAAACUCUCUCAACCCCAAAUGGCCAUCAGAAAAUCAAACAAACUGCCUCAAACUGCAGUUCUUAAGCAAAUCCUCAAGAGAUGCUCCAGCCUAGGAAAGAAAAAUGGCUACGAUGAAGAUGGCCUUCCUCUCGACGUCCCAAAGGGUCACUUUGCCGUUUAUGUUGGAGAAAACAGAAGUAGAUACAUUGUCCCAAUCUCAUUCUUGUCUCAUCCAGAGUUCCAAUGCCUGCUUCAACGCGCUGAAGAAGAGUUCGGCUUCGAUCAUGACAUGGGCCUCACAAUUCCAUGCGAAGAAGUUGUUUUCCGCUCUCUAACAUCGAUGCUCAGAUGAGAAGAGAGGGUGUUAUUAUGAUGGGGUUUGUUUGGAGAAGAUCGAUGGCUAAGAUGAAGCAGCAUUUCCCACUGCUUCUCUUUUUUUAACAUCUUUCUUCAUUUGUUAUUCUUCCCUCUAGAUUAAUUUUUUCUUUCUUUUGAAACCCUCUCUACUGGGUUUUUGUGUUUAACGACUCUAACCCAAGACCCAUGAACUUUUUCUGGGUUAGAUUUGUAUAAAGUUCCAAGAUUUUCCUCAUAGAGGUGCCUUGCUACACCCUUUGAGAGAAGUUGCUCAUGUUAAUGAAAGGCAAGAAUGAUUUUCCUUUUCACUUUA